AUGUCGGUGGUGGUUCCAGGCAUAAGCAGUCAUUGGUGGCUAGUCGAAGUUGCCGAGUGGAAAGCAGAAUUGACAACAUUCUUCCUCAACAAUCCCCCUCCUAUCCUUCAUUGAACCAACCGGAACGAGAGCAUGAAUGGACAGCGUGCAAAUAGGAACGUUGUGUCGCCGUAGUAGAAAUUCGUCACGGUGCUCCAUCGAUCUCUUUCUUUCAGCAUCCGGCGAAUCACAUGGCAUUGAUCGAAUGGCACCCGCGGAUCGGCGAAAAUUUGCAAUCCACUUGGAAUAAAUCACGCAAAGAAGUGCUUCGCAUAUUGCACCAGUGCUCGGGCGCUUGCAUGCGCUACACUUGAGACGAUAGGAAAAUAUACUACAAUGCGCGGCCGAAGGACAAAGAUAUCGAGCGCGAAUGCUCUUCACCCUUGAAGGUGAGUUGGCCAAAACUUCAGACUUAGAGAUCCUUCGUUUGCUGUCUUUGGGUUCGUGGCUUUUGCGCAUGCGCUGACACCCAUUUCGUUACCUGCACUCUGCUUUUGUAAGAUUAUGAUUCCAGCCAGCAAUGUCUCGGUCGCCUUGAUCUACAGACUUGGCAACCAUGAGGGCCGGGUGACUCUAGAAUCGGUCAGGAAACCGGCCACGGUUAUGCGGACUAUCGCUCGUCAGAUAGUGCUUCGUUGUGGCAGCACCCGUAACACUGCGUUCCAAGGUGAAUCACAAUCAUCAUGA